AUAGUUACCCCAAGGUGACGUCACCCAUAACUUAUCCGAGAGAACCAAACCAAUGCAACAGCAAUUUCCCAAGUUUUUAAAACGAUUGGAAUAAGACUUGACAGAUAAAAUGUUAUAAUGCUUUCGAGUGUUAAUGUUGUGUCUACGUAUUACAAAUUGGAUCUUUUCGUGUUCUUGUAUAAGGACCAUUAUUACCAACCGUGUGCAAAACGAAUUUAAUCGCGCGGUGGAAAGACGCGCUGACGUUUCCUCGUGUAGGAGCAGAUUGAGGGACUCAGAAAGGAGGCCCCCUCGCCUUCUGAUUGGUUAUUCUGCCGGCGCUCAGCAAAGCGCGCUCAGGAUUGGUGCAUUCCGGACGGAGGGCAUCGUCGCCGUGCCGAUAGUGGAUAGCCGGACGGAGGCAUAACGCCGCUGUUAUUGUUCCUGAAUGAAAUCUGCGGCGUCCAAAACAUUUGUGUUUUUUAAGAACGUUAUGCUAAAUGUACGCUUUUUAAACUUUGCUUGACGCGGUGAAAUACCUGGAAUAAAAAAUAAAACGCUUUGUGCAGCACUUAUGUCCAAGCAAUUAGCGUGUCUGCUAAGGAAAUCCAGGCCUCAAGCCGCCACGACGGUCGAUUUUAACAAAAACCGUGAGACGCUCACCUCGCCGCGGCUACCUGCAGCCGCCCGCUUGGACGUUUUAAGGCGAAACGCGGCAGCGUAACCCACGACAGGAGAAAUACGUCCUAAAUGGGGCCGGUUUUUUAAAACGUUUGGUUUUUAUGAGCCGUCGGUAGGCAACAGAGUGGAAUAAUUUUAAUAGAAGCAUUUUUAUCUUUGAAAACACAAAAGGAAGAUGUCCAACGGCGCAGCGGGAAGCGGCGGCUUGACUUGGGUGACCCUGUUUGAUAAGAACAAUGCCGCCAAGCGGGAAGAGGCCAACGGCCGGGGCGAUGGUGCCAAAAGUGAGGAUCCCAAGAAGGAGCCUUCCAAGAAGGAGGCUUCUAAGAAGAUGUCCGUGGAGAGGGUCUACCAGAAGAAGACCCAGCUCGAGCACAUCCUGCUCCGCCCAGACACAUACAUCGGGUCCGUGGAGCCUGUCACCCAGCAAAUGUGGGUUUUUGAUGAAGAUGGUGGCAUGAAUUUGCGUGAAAUCACAUAUGUCCCUGGAUUAUACAAAAUCUUUGAUGAAAUACUCGUGAAUGCAGCUGACAACAAGCAGAGGGACAAGAACAUGACUAGUAUAAAGAUCACCAUUGAUCCGGAGUCAAACACAGUUUCCAUAUGGAACAACGGGAAGGGGAUCCCUGUGGUGGAACAUAAAGAGGAGAAGAUGUACGUCCCGGCUCUCAUCUUCGGCCACCUCUUGACUUCCAGCAACUAUGACGACGAAGAGAAGAAGGUCACAGGUGGAAGGAAUGGCUACGGUGCUAAACUCUGCAACAUUUUCAGCACGAAGUUCACUGUGGAAACGGCCUGCAAAGAGUACAAGCACAGCUUUAAACAGACCUGGAUGAACAACAUGACCAAAACAACCGAUCCCAGAAUUAAAUAUUUUGACGGGGAGGACUUCACGUGCGUCACAUUCCAGCCAGACCUGUCCAAGUUCAAGAUGGAGAAGCUGGACAAGGACAUAGUGGCUCUGUUGACUCGCAGGGCUUAUGAUGUCGCCGGCUCCUGCCGAGGGGUUAAAGUUCUACUCAAUGGAAAGAAACUUCCAGUGAACGGCUUCCGCAGCUACGUCGACCUGUACGUGAAGGACAAACUGGACGAGACAGGUGUGCAACUGAAGGUGGUGAACGAGGUGGUGAACGACCGCUGGGAGGUGUGCCUGACCCUGAGCGAGAAGGGCUUCCAGCAGAUCAGUUUCGUCAACAGCAUCGCCACCACCAAGGGUGGCAGGCACAUUGACUACGUCGUGGACCAAAUAGUGGCCAAACUCAUCGAAGUGGUGAAGAAGAAGAACAAGGCCGGGGUCUCGGUGAAACCCUUCCAGGUGAAGAACCACAUCUGGGUGUUUGUAAACGCCUUGAUUGAGAACCCGACGUUUGACUCCCAGACCAAGGAGAACAUGACUCUGCAGACCAAAAGUUUUGGGUCAAAGUGUCCCCUCUCAGAGAAGUUCAUACGUGCGGCGACUAAUUGCGGUAUUGUGGAGAGCAUAUUGAACUGGGUGAAGUUCAAGGCCCAGACGCAGCUCAACAAGAAGUGCUCCUCGGUGAAGCACAGCAAGAUCAAAGGGAUUCCCAAGCUAGAUGACGCCAACGAUGCCGGUGGGAGGCACUCUUCGGAAUGCACGCUCAUCCUGACGGAAGGAGACUCCGCCAAGUCGCUCGCCGUCUCGGGGCUUGGGGUCAUAGGCCGAGAUCGCUACGGGGUCUUCCCGCUCAGGGGGAAAAUCCUGAACGUGCGCGAAGCGACCCACAAGCAGAUCAUGGAGAACGCCGAAAUCAACAACAUCAUCAAGAUCGUGGGUCUUCAGUAUAAGAAGAGCUAUGACGAUGCGGAGUCUUUGCGCAGCCUGCGCUACGGGAAGAUCAUGAUUAUGACAGAUCAGGACCAGGACGGCUCCCAUAUCAAGGGACUCCUGAUUAACUUUUUCCACCACAACUGGCCGUCCCUAUUGAAGCACUCCUUCCUGGAGGAGUUCAUCACGCCCAUCGUGAAGGUACACAAGAAUAAGCAAGAGAUGUCUUUUUAUAGCAUUCCGGAGUUUGACGAGUGGAAGAAGCAGACAGAGAACUACAAAACCUGGCACAUAAAGUACUACAAAGGUUUGGGUACGAGCACAAGCAAGGAGGCCAAGGAGUAUUUCGCGGACAUGGAGCGGCACCGGAUCGUGUUCCGAUACGGGGGCACCGAGGACGAUGCCGCCAUCACGCUGGCCUUCAGCAAGAAGAAGAUCGAUGACCGGAAGGAGUGGCUCACCAACUUCAUGGAGGACAGGAGGCAGCGGAGGAUGCACGGCCUGCCGGAGCAAUUUUUAUAUGGCACGGCGACGAAGCACCUGUCCUACAAUGACUUCAUCAACAAGGAGCUCAUCCUGUUCUCCAACUCUGACAACGAGAGGUCCAUCCCGUCCCUUGUCGACGGCCUAAAGCCCGGCCAGAGGAAGGUGCUGUUCACCUGCAUGAAGAGGAACGACAAGCGGGAGGUCAAGGUGGCCCAGCUAGCCGGCUCGGUGGCUGAGAUGUCCGCCUAUCACCACGGGGAGCAAGCACUUAUGAUGACCAUCGUGAACUUGGCCCAGAACUUUGUGGGCAGCAACAACCUGAACAUCCUGCAGCCCCUGGGUCAGUUUGGCACCCGGAUCAAUGGCGGCAAAGACGCCGCCAGCCCCCGUUACAUCUUCACCAUGCUCAGUCCGCUGGCCAAGCUGCUCUUCCCAGCCGUCGACUCCAGUCUGCUGAAGUUCCUUUACGACGACAACCAGAAGGUGGAGCCAGAGUGGUACAUACCUAUCAUCCCCAUGGUGCUGGUGAACGGCGCCGAAGGCAUCGGGACCGGCUGGGCCUGCAAGAUUCCCAACUACGAUCCGCGCGAGAUUGUCAACAACAUCAACCGCAUGCUGAACCACCAGGAUCCCCUUCCCAUGCUUCCUAGCUACAAGAACUUCAAAGGAGUCAUUCAUGAACUGGGCCAGAACCAGUACUUGGUCAGCGGUGAGGUGGCCAUCCUGGACAAGAACUCCAUUGAGAUCACUGAGCUGCCUAUCCGGACCUGGACACAGGCGUAUAAAGAGUCUGUGCUGGAGCCCAUGCUCCAGGGUACCGAGAAGACCCCGGCCCUCAUUAAUGACUACAAGGAGUACCACACGGACACCACGGUCAAGUUCCUGGUGCGGAUGAGCGAGGAGAAGCUGGCACAGGCCGAAGCCGCCGGCCUUCACAAAGUCUUCAAGCUGCAGUCCACCCUCACCUGCAAUUCCAUGGUUUUGUUUGACCACAUGGGCUGUCUAAAGAGGUAUGAGUCCGUCCAGGAGAUCCUGAAGGAGUUCUUUGAGCUCCGGUUGCACUAUUACAAGCUGAGGAAGGAUUGGCUGGUCGGCAUGUUGGGGGCGGAGUCAGCCAAAUUGUCAAACCAGGCACGUUUUGUGUUGGAGAAAAUCGAAGGAAAGCUCUCUAUUGAAAACAAGUCGAGGAGGGACCUCAUCAGGAUGUUGGUUCAGCGAGGCUAUGAGUCUGACCCCGUGGCCGCAUGGAACAAAGCCCAGGAGAAGUCUCUCGAAGACGACGACAAGGGCAAUGACAGUGACAGCUCUGUCGACUCAGGCUCAUCGUCGGGCCCAAACUUUAACUACAUCCUGGGGAUGCCCUUGUGGUGCCUGACCAAGGAGAAGGUGGAGGAGCUGCUGAAGCAGAGGGACGCAAAGAAAGCUGAGCUGAAUGAGCUUCAGAGGAAGUCUUCUGAAGAUCUCUGGAAGGAGGAUCUUGCUGUCUUUAUCGAGGAGCUAGAUCGGGUAGAGGCACAGGAGAGAGAAGACGUCAACGCGGGCAAGACCAGCAAGCUGGUGAAGGGAAAGAUCGGCAAGCCCAAAGUUAAGAAGAUGCAGCUGGAGGAGACGCUGCCCUCGCCGUUCGCCCGGCGCAUCGUGCCGGAGAUAACCCAGGCCAUGAAGGCAGACGCUUCCAAGAAGAUGACCAAGAAGAAGAAGGGCGAGUUAGACCUUGCAGGGAAGAUGGAGUUUGACGACGAGCUGGGGACGAUGCCCUCUGAAGGCGGCGUGGCCGAGAACUCCAUUAGCUUCCCCCCGGCCAGCAACCCGACGAGUGCAACCAAAGUGAAAACGCCGCGGGUCAAGAAGGAGAAAAAGGAGCCCGCACCUCCCAGAGCGAGGAAGACGCCAGGACCCAAAGGGUCUGCCAAGAAGGCAAAGAAGAGGAACCCCUGGUCUGACGACGACUCCAAGUCGGACAGCGACCUGGAGGACAGGGACAGCGAACCAGUCGUCAUCCCCCGGGACACCAAGAGCCAGAGGGCCUCAGCUGGCAAACCCAAGUACACCUUCGACUUCUCCGAGGAGGAGGAUGAGGAGGGCGACGAAGAGCCGGAGGACGAGGAGCCAGCUUCCUCCCCGAUGAGAUCUUACAAAGACGACCUCCCCGCCUCCAUGGACAACGAUAAUGACGAGGAAGACGACGACGACAUCUUCCCGCCCAAACCCUCGUCCAAGCCGUCCCUUACAUCGUCCAUUCCACCAGCAAAGAAGAACCAAGUGGCACAGAGCAUAUUUUCAUCUAAAUCGGCGUACUCUGAAAAGAGCAAUGAGAGUGACGGGCCAAAGUUUGACAGCGAUGAAGAUGACAAUGGCCCAGCCUUUUCCUACUCCAGUAGCUCCGUCUUUGACAAACCUGCACCAGCGAAGAAAGCAGCUAAGAAGCCAUCAGACGCAGCUCCUCCCAAGCAGAAAAAAGCCCCCAAACCCAAAAAGCCGGACUCCUCCAUCUGGGACUCCGACUCGGACGGCGGCGCCAAAAAGUCGACGCCGACAAAGGGUAGAGGCAGGGGGCGGAAGAGGAAGAAUUCCGGUUCUGAGGAAGAUGAGUACAGUCCAAUGAAGAAGGCCAAGAAGCCAGCAGCUAAUCGAAAGUCGAAAAAGGCCACGUCAGACGACGAGCUGGACACGCUCAGCUUCGAGCAGUCAGACGCGCCUUCGAGAGACAGGCCGGGCCGGGCCAAGAAGGAGGUGAAAUACUUUGCAGAAUCGGACGAGGACGACAACGACCAGUACGACAUGUUUGACUAGGUGCUCGAUGGGAUCCCCCUAACUCACACGCUCGUGAAACGACUCCCGUCCUUAGUCCUGCAACUUUUGUACUUUUUUUCCCUUUUUAUUAUUUUAUUAUUUUUUUUUGGUGAUGUUAAAUGCUUUCUACUGUGUAGGUGUUUCACAGUUUUUAUUAUACAUAAACAGUUUUGUUUUUUUAUCAUUGAAAUGUUAUGUAUUUGUUCCAAGCAGCUUUUAGAGGUUUAGAUCGCGGUGCCGAAGCACAUAUUUUAAUUGUUAAAAGUAAGAGACUAUGUUCCUUUUUGAAAUGAAGUUGGAAGUAAACAAACUGUAAAUUA